CGAGUCGGUGUGGUCGCCGCGGGCCUAGCUGUGGCCGGAGGUGGAUUGAUCUAUGCAUUAGAGAACUCGGUUCACGCUAGUGAAGAAGCAGUACAUCCGUUCAAGUUACCUUGGUCCCAUCGGGGUGCGCUCGAGUCAUUUGACAUCGCCUCGGUGCGGCGGGGUUAUGAAGUGUACAAGCAAGUCUGUGCAGCAUGUCAUUCGCUGAAGUACAUCCACUACAGACACUUUGUUGACACUAUUAUGACCGAGGUA